GAACAACAUUCUUACAGCUUCUAAGAGCGCACCGGGAACGCACGGACAGGACUGAACCAGGUCUAACCCAGGACUAAACAGGGCCUAAACCAGGACUAAACCAGAGCUAAACCCGUGCUAAACCAGGACUAAACCCGGACCAAAGAGGGAUACAACGUUUAAAAGCUGAAUCAAGACAGAACCAGGACAAAACUGGGAGCAACAUUUACGCAACAAGGAUCGGCGCGCGAACAUGUUGGACGUAAGGACGCACGCAAAUAUUUAUCAUUUUAGAAUAUAGAUUUUGUAUUUAAUUAAUCAGAAAUGGAAUCGGAAAGCGCAAUGAUGCUGCAGCUCGCAUCAGAGGCUUUUCAGGCGCAGAACUUUGACUUAGCGGCGGAGAUAUACGAGUGCCAGGCAGCGGGAGCCCGGGACGCACGGAGCCGGCAGGAGUUAAUGGUGAGACGGGCAGACGCGCUUUCCUUCGCAGGGAAAUUUACCGAAGCGUUCAGCGUUUACCAACAAGCCGCGGAGGUGGAGAGGUUGAGACCCGCGCACCUAGACCGCCUCAUAGACUGUCUGGCGGAGGGCAUCCGGAGACAGGACCACACCUCCAGAUCCAGAGGGGAGACAGUGGUGGAGGAAAGCUCAGCAAGGAUGGCUGAUGUCUCAUGCCCCCUCUGCCUCAGUUUUUUAUUCGAACCGGUAACCCUUCUGUGCGGGCACAGCUUUUGUAAGAGGUGCUUGGAGAGAGAGCACCCUCUGCAGUGUGUGAAGUGCCAGGACAGUGCCGGGGUGAUGGAGGGGGGGUACCGGAUGAACGUGGUGCUAUCGGGGGUCCUGUCCAAACUCUACCCAGGACGAGAGCUUGUUGUCAAGCUGCGGAGAGAGGGAAACACCCUUUAUGUGGAGAGGAGGGUGGAGGAGGCGCUCGAGAAGUACAACCAGGCCAUAUGCAUCGCUCCAGACCAUCUCCUCUUCAGUAAUCGUUCUCUGAUUCUCUCGGCUCUGAAACAUCUGGACCAAGCUCUGAGUGAUGCAACCACAGCAGUCUCACUCAAACCACAGUGGGCCAAGGGUCACAUGCGUAAGGCUCAGGUCCUGUUGCACCUCGGUCGCCCAGAAGAGGCGCUCAGGGACUAUCUGUUUUGUCUGAGUUUGGAUCCGGACUUCAGACCGGCCCGAACUGAGGCCCAGAAGCUAUUGAGUGAGAUCUUGGCUCCAGUCUCAGGCCAAGUCUCAGAUCAGGUCUUGGACUACAGCGGGAUCCUAACCUCCAGAAUGCUGCUGAAGACCUCCACUGCUCUGCACCAAUGCGACUCUGCUGACCUGUGGGCAUAUCCUGUGAAGUCGGACAGGUCAAAGGUCAAAGGUCAUGUGGAGGAGGGGGUCCUCAAACGUAAGCGCCACAUUUCCGAUGAAGAAGAAGACACAGAGGAGACAAAGAGAGCAAAGACGGAAGGUGUGAGUCCAAUUGCCGUGGGAACGCUUGACCCAACAGACGUGGAAUGCUCUCUCUGUAUGAGGUUGUUCUUUGAACCGGUCACCACUCCAUGUGGUCACACUUUCUGUCUGCAGUGUCUGGAGAGAUGUUUGGACCAUAACCCCAAAUGUCCACUGUGCAAAGAGGAGCUGUCCGAGUUCCUGGAGCGGAGACAGUUUUGUAGGACUGUUCUGCUUGAGAAGCUGAUCUCCAAACAUCUGCCUUCAGAGCUCACAGAGAGACAGAGGGUCCACCAAGAGGAGAUGGACGAGCUCUCCAAUCUGAAUAAAAAUGUUCCAAUCUUUGUGUGCACCAUGGCGUUCCCAACCGUUCCGUGUCCGCUGCAUAUAUUUGAGCCGUGUUACAGACUCAUGAUCCGACGCUGUAUGGAGACGGGCACCAACCGCUUCGGCAUGUGCAUUGGAGACCAGUUUAAAGGGUUUGCCGACUUUGGGUGCCUUCUGGAGAUCCGGGAUGUGAACUUCUUCUCUGAUGGACGUUCUGUGGUGGACACCAUUGGACGGAGACGCUUCAGAGUCCUGCAGCACCAGGAGAGGGACGGGUACAACACAGCUGAUAUAGAGUACCUUGAGGAUGUUAAGGUGGAGGGUGCUGCAGAGUUGGAAUUGCAGAGGCUCCAUGACUCUGUGUAUGAGCUGGGUCUGCUCUGGGUGAACUCUUUGAGACCUGAGCAGAAGCAGAGGAUUGAGGGGCACUUCGGAUCGAUGCCUCCCAAAGAGCCAGAGAUACAGUCAAGUCCGAAUGGUCCGUCCUGGUGCUGGUGGCUUUUGGCUGUGCUGCCAUUAGAAGGCCGUGCUCAGCUCCCAUUUCUGGCCCUAACGUCUCUGAAGGAUCGGCUCUCGGGGCUCCGCAAAGUCCUGCUGUUUAUGUCACAGAGCCGAAAUGCACACCGAUGAACUGUCCCAGAACAAACUAGACCAGAGACACACAAAGUCCUCUUCGACAUGUCCCAGAGUAGAGACUUGCAAUCACUACAUAUGAUCAUUAGGGCUGUAGUGGACUAAAGACAUGUCCUGCCAAUUGAUUAGUCGACUAAAAUGGGGGCAUGGCAAAAGCUCUCAAAAUUAUUCUCUAUCUACUCUGUCUCUAUGUAUCUGACCAAAACUGCACUCACAAGACUACAUCUGCACGGGAGUUCAUGCAAAAACUACUAUUUAAUCAGAAAGAAAGUACUAGGAAACAAUGUAUUUGUAUAAAGACAGAUUCAACUUGUGAAUCGUGAUUUUAUUCUACCUUUUUACAAUACCAAAAAAAUACAAAAUCUUCAGCUAACUCAUUCACUCGUGUCUCUUUUCUUCUGCUGUCCCAUAUAAAUCCUUAUCAUCCUUAUAUAAAUAAAAUUAUUAGUCAACCAAUACAAAUUUUAGUGGACUAAUGCUCCAGUGACCAAUUAAUGAAUUUAACGAAUAAACGACUACAGCCCUUGUGAUCAGCUGUGUACUGGGCCAAGGUGGGAGAAGACCCAGAAACUAUACUCAAGUAAAAGUACUGUUACUUCAAAAAUACUAUUGCUUAAAUAGAAGUAUAAAAUAGUUGUCCAAGAAAUGACAAGUAAUCGUAACUGGGAUAUAGGAGGGUGGGAGGGCAUCUGACACACAGGGACAUAGAAGGGUGGAAAUGUGAUAGGAGGACCCCAUCCAAUACAAGGACUAAACCAGGACUAAGCUAGGGCUAAACCAGGACUAGGCCAGGACUAUAAACCGGACUAAAACUAAGUCUACAUCAGGACUAAACCAAGACUUAAGUGUGAACACAACCACAGUGGGAAAAGUAGCCAAGACUUGUACAGAAGUGAGACAAACCUUACUUAGUUAGAGUACUGUUACACUGUACAAUAUAUUGCUCUAGUAGUAGUAUCUGAAAACUACUAGUAUUAUUUUAGUAAAGUUACUCAAGUAAAUGAGUACUCCCCACCUCUAUCCCAGGGCAGACACGGCUCCACACAAUAAACCUCAUCAUGUUUUUUCCAUCAACGCACAAAAAAACUAGAACAUUUUUCACUUUCACUGAAUCCUAAAGUCUUCCACGUUUAAAGUAAAACUACCUGAUAUUACACCUGUCGAAGUUUUAAGAUCAAACUGUAGAACUAUCCUCAAGAAAUUUCCAAAAGUCAAACCCAGUAAUUUUUAUUUUUUUUCCUGAUUAUUUUAUAUUAGUGACAAGGUCCAUGGGAGGGCAUCUGACCCACAGAGGUACAGGAGGAUGGGAGGGCAUCUGACACACAGGGACAUAUAAGGAUGGGAGGGCAUCUGACACAGUUGGAAAUCAGGUAGUUCAACUUUACUAUUAAUUUUCUAAACUUCUUGUAACUAAAUAUUGUGGCAAUCUUUUUUACGAGACCAAAUUUUCAAAACUAGUUGUUUGAUAGAUUAAUUUAUUCUUAGAAAUUUAGUUACAUUAAAGAGGGGGUAUUAUGGCAAAAAUCGAUUUUCUUCCCUAUUCGAAUCCUCCUUACAAUUAGCAGUCUGAGUCUGUACAAGACUCUGCCACUAUCCUUCAUCACCCAUGCUCCCACACCACAGUUCUCCAUAAAUAUACAAAAGCAUAAUACAAAACUGUAGACAGCAACUUGACAAAGCUGGUGCCAUGUGCCAUAGUUUCAUUAGCGGGAAGCACACUGAUUGUGUUGUGAUAUGUUGUGUUUGAUAUGUUUUGGGUUAGUAGUAAUACUCCAUAGAAGUAAAAUACCCCCUCUUUAAAAAAAAAAUCUAAAAUGUCUUCCCUUUUUUCUAACUUAAAAUUCACGUUUUCAUUUGUAUGUUUUGAAUUUGUAUUUAUUUUUCGGGUUAUUUAUGUAAAAAUAUUGUUUACAUU